AUGAAAGAAGAAGCGCGGCAAAUAUUUCUGCAGACUAUUGACGCAGAUCUUGGUAAGAGAAAUGCAGCGGAGUCCAUACUGAUGAAUCUGGAGAAGGAUCUGACGUUUGUGAUGUCCCUUCCGCAUACGUGUAUGAAAGAUUCCGAUGUUACACUGAGGAGAAUAUCAGCAAUCUAUUUCAAGAAUACAAUAAUCAAGCAAUGGAAAGACGAUAUGUACUCUGAAGUUCGGAAGUAUCUUAUAGAAAACAUAUUGGAUUUGUUUUUGUAUGGGGACGACAUAACAAGAACGGCAUACAAUGCAAUUCUUGUGCACAUCUUCAAUACUGAGAAGUUGAAUGAUCUGAAAGGGAUAUUUCAGAAGGCAUCUGUGUUUAUGAAAAGCUCUGAUUUAAACAGCAUCUUCACUGCACUGAACAUGUAUGAAAGGAUAUUUGAUGCGGAGAAGAUAAAAUAUAAUCUAGAGCGAGUUCUAAAGCUAACAUUUGGCACUGCAGGAAAGGAUAUCCUUGAGAAGACAUAUGAAUUUUUAGAGUGUGGGAAUUAUAGGAUGGUUAAGAUUGGGAUGACCGUGCUUGCCAAGUCUUACUGUUGCUACUCAAUUCCUGACUUUCUCUCUUCAAUAGGUACCUUUUCAUAUACAUUCAACUUAUCACUUCGAAUUUUGAAUUUAAAAGGUGCGGACGAGAAUCUACUUGAAAGCAGGAAGUGGGCGGCGUAUUUUAUGUACAAAGCUUGCAGUAAGGGGAUCAAGAAGUUCUACAAGAACAAUGAACUCAGUGAAUACAUCACCGACAUGCACAGGUUUCAGAUGAUAUACGCGACGUUCCUUAAGAUAAUCCAAGAAAGAUCUGAGCAUACUGCUGACGUUGAAUUGUACGCCAUAGAUUUUUUUGUGCUACUAACGUCCAGCUCGGAGUUUUUUCGAUACAUGGAGUUGGAUCUGUUUUAUCUUAUUUCCGGAUACAUUUUACCACUAUACUCCUUGUCUGACUCGGAGGAGGAUGAUAUCGAGAAUGAUCCCGACAGGUACUUGAGAGAGAAAUACAACUACUCUGCGAACCACUUGAGAAAUAGACUUAGCAUACUGUUCUGCGACAUUAUAUCUAAAGUUAAGCAGGAACAAGAAACAUUCCAAGGAAUCAUCAGCUACCUUGUUUCUGUUCUCGGAAAAUACAAAGAAAAUCCAACCUUGGACAAUACAAGACCAGCAUAUGGAUCUCUUUUCUUGCUAACAAAGAUAAAAUCAACGCUGCUGAGGAAGGCCAGAAGUGUGGUUGAAUAUGUUGUGAUAAAUCAUGUAAUUCCAUAUCUUUGCGGGAACUCAUUGGUUAUGAAAUCUCAGGCCUGCUACUUCUUGUCGGAAAUACAAGAAGAUCUUCCUAUUAACAACCUGGUGUUUGAGGCAUUGGACAGUACACAUAAGCUCAUGAAAUCUACUCACAAGGUCCUUAGAGUGGAAGGUACUCUCGCGAUGUCUUUUUUCUUGUUCAAUGAGAUGGCCUCUGAAAAAUUCAAGGAGUUGAUUCCGGAAACAGUAGAAUCUAUACUGAAUCUCUCAAACAUAUAUGAUUUCGAAUCCCUUGCAAUAUUACUGGACUCUAUUAUUGGGUACUACCCCGAUGAAAUCUCAAAAUAUGCACCUGAGCUUGUCGGAUCAAUAUCAAGAAUUGCUUUGUCACAUCUGUUGAAUGAGAAUGAUGAAGGGGAAAACAAGCUCCUGGUUGUCUCUGGAUUCCUUCGAAACAUGGAGAGUCUCGUCCUAUCACUCAACCAAGGAUCUCCUACACUCAGGCAUUCAUAUGUGAACUCUUAUGAUGUAAUCUCCUUCAUUCUAAAAGAGGAAAAGUCCGACUUCUACCACGAAGCCUUGGACAUACUCAAUGCGUAUGUGUUCAUGAUCAAAGAGAUAGAAGGGUCCAUGUGGGGCCUUCUCCAGAUGGUGUUGAAUCUCCCUUCUGAUGAGAUAGGAAUAUAUCCAUGGGAAGUGGCUAAUUUGAUCGACAACUUCGUAACAUAUGGAAAGACAAGCAUCAUGGAUGCAAACAUAAUAGGGAGUGUUUACUCUUUAAUAUCAAAUUUUUGCUUGUGUAACGAGGAGAACCUUUCUGAUGAAGAGUUCAUAGGAGGGUGCAGAAUCAUUGAGUCGAUAAUUCUGAACAUAGGAAAUGAGGUUCUUUCCAAAGAACCCUCAAGACUAUCUUUCUUUAUUUCUGUUGGGAUGUCUGGCGAUAAUAUCGACGAGAGUAGUGCGGCAAUGGUCUAUGCACUUGAGGUUGUAAUGAACUGCUUUAUCCUAAGACCAAAUGAGACUAUUCAGAUUCUUAGGGAACAGAAGUAUUUCCAAACGUUCUUUGAAAAGUUCUUUGACCAGAAAAACAGAUUCAAAAGAGUCCAUGACAAGAAGAUAUGCACUCUGUUCGUAGGCACGAUUUGUAGACUUCAGGAAGGAAGUCUUCCUGAACUUGACCUCCACAGCCUUAACAAAGUUCUUGUAGCAAUAAUUACCUCUCUUCCUGAUGCCAUAAAGCUAAGAAACCAGAUGAAGGAAAAUGAAGAUACUGUUACAUCUUCAGCAGAUUCUGAAGAAGACGAGUACCUUGAUGCAAGUGAUGACGACUUUGAUGCCAUGGAUAUCUUAGAGGAGGAUAUUUACUUCGAAUCGCCUUUAGAUCAUUUUGAGCCAUUUGGAUACAUCUCCUCCAUACUCUCUUCUCCCAUGGCUGGGUCUUAUGGAGAAAAGGUUGUCUCUAUAAUGACCGACCAGCAGAAAGCAUCAAUUUCUACUGUUCUUAACGGAGAGAGAGUUGUCCAGAAAAUAUGA